GCUAGGAAAUCUAUGGAUAAUGUGCACUUUAUUUUCACAACUUUCAUUGGAAUCAUUUUGGGAUUCUUAGUAGGAUUGUCAUUUAUAACAUUCUCACCUUCACAGGAUAUUAAGCGAGAGAGAUGGGCACUUACUAAUGAAGGAAAGUUGUAUGCUUCAUCGGGAUCACCAGAAGUACAAGUCUUCUUGGCGAUACCCCCAGAGGGAAUCUCUCUAGAAGAAUUGCAGAAAAAAAUUGAUGCAUCAGUCUUUAAGAUAGGUCGCUCACAGGCGAUAAAGAACCAAUGGGUUGAGAUGGGAAAGCAACUUGUUACUAGAAAGAUCCUCCAUGUGGAAGACAAAGUGAAAGAUUUACUAAUACUAGUACAGGAUGAAAAGGUGAUAGACCCAAAAGAUAUAGAUGCUCUCAAGAGAAGAAAGCUAAUUACUUCCCAGGGUGAGUGGAAGGAUCUCGAAUUCAAGGAAUAUAACUUCCUAGCAAAAGGUCAGCCUGUUGAUGGUGGCUGUUUACAUACAUUGCUCAAAGUACGUCAACAAUUCAAGAUGAUCUUUCUUCAGAUGGGGUUUGAGGAGAUGCCCACAAACAAUUUUGUUGAAAGCAGUUUCUGGAAUUUUGAUGCACUUUUUCAGCCACAACAGCAUCCUGCUCGUGAUUCUCACGACACAUUCUUCCUCCAAGUUCCUUCCACUACAAAGACACUACCAGAAGAUUAUGUUGAGAGGGUGAAGAACAUUCAUGAAUAUGGAGGACAUGGUUCAAGAGGUUAUGGAUAUGACUGGAAACGAGAGGAAGCAGACAAAAACCUUCUAAGAACUCAUACUACAGCUGUUUCAUCAAGGAUGCUUUACCAGCUUGCCAAGCUAGGGUUUGGUCGAUGUUUCUCUUUGGAGGCAACACCUUAGGUAACUUGGGCGGCAUGAUGUCUUCAAAUCGCCCCAUCAGGUCUGCAACUUUCUUUGGCACCUCCGAGUAUACGUUCAGCUUCAUUUCCACCAAUGUAACCACGUAAGUAUGCUCUCCAC